AUGAACGCCUUCAGAGACUCUGUAUCUUCCACUCCAGCCGCCGCAUCGGGCGUACCGACUCCAGCUUCAGCCACCUCUCCCACUUCUACCCGCGACACUCUGCACGCUGUCUCGGCCACUCUGGGCCUUACAUCUCAAGGACUGGAUCUCUGCCCUCACUGCUUCCGCGAGCUGUCUCAUUGCAACGAGAGGUUCUCUUUCGUCUAA